CCACCAGGUUCCAAAACAAGGAAAUGAAGGGGGGAGGCGGGACUGUGGGUGCCUGCGGGAGCCUCCGCCGCCGCCGCGGAGGAGGAGGAGGAGGCGGAGGAGGUGGCUGCCUCGGCCGCCGAGGAGUUCCUUGCUGAAGGCGGACCGCGGAGCGGCGGGCGGCGCGCGCGCGCCCGAGCGGCGGCUGUUGGAGAAGUGGAGCGGCGGCGGCGGAGGAGGGACUGAGUGGCGGCGGCCCCCGCGUCCCGGUUUCUCUAUGGGGGAAGCAGACAAUGGAUUAUGAUUUCAAGGCGAAGCUGGCGGCGGAGCGGGAGCGGGUGGAGGAUCUGUUUGAGUACGAAGGGUGUAAAGUGGGACGCGGCACCUACGGGCACGUCUACAAGGCGAGGCGGAAAGAUGGAAAAGAUGAAAAGGAAUAUGCACUGAAGCAAAUUGAAGGCACAGGAAUAUCCAUGUCAGCUUGUAGAGAGAUUGCACUUCUGAGAGAACUGAAGCAUCCUAACGUCAUCGCAUUGCAGAAGGUGUUCCUUUCCCACAGCGACAGGAAGGUGUGGCUGCUGUUUGACUAUGCAGAACAUGACCUUUGGCACAUUAUUAAGUUUCACCGUGCAUCAAAAGCAAAUAAAAAGCCCAUGCAGUUACCAAGAUCUAUGGUUAAGUCACUGCUUUACCAGAUUCUUGACGGUAUCCAUUACCUCCAUGCAAACUGGGUGCUUCACAGAGACCUGAAACCAGCAAAUAUCCUAGUAAUGGGAGAAGGUCCUGAAAGGGGGAGAGUCAAAAUAGCUGACAUGGGUUUUGCCAGAUUAUUCAAUUCUCCUCUAAAGCCACUCGCCGAUUUGGAUCCAGUGGUUGUGACAUUUUGGUAUCGGGCUCCAGAACUUUUACUCGGUGCCAGGCAUUAUACAAAGGCCAUUGAUAUAUGGGCAAUAGGCUGCAUAUUUGCUGAAUUGUUGACUUCAGAACCUAUUUUUCACUGUCGUCAGGAGGAUAUAAAAACAAGCAAUCCUUUUCAUCAUGAUCAACUAGAUCGGAUAUUUAGUGUCAUGGGGUUUCCUGCAGAUAAAGACUGGGAAGAUAUUAGAAAAAUGCCAGAGUACCCAACACUUCAGAAAGACUUUAGAAGAACAACAUAUGCCAACAGUAGCCUCAUAAAGUACAUGGAGAAACACAAGGUCAAACCUGACAGCAAGGUGUUCCUCCUGCUUCAGAAACUCCUCACCAUGGAUCCCACGAAGAGGAUCACCUCGGAGCAGGCUCUGCAGGACCCUUAUUUUCAGGAGGACCCCUUGCCCACGUUAGAUGUGUUUGCUGGCUGCCAGAUUCCAUACCCCAAAAGAGAGUUUCUUAAUGAAGAUGAACCAGAAGAGAAGGGCGACAAGAAUCAGCCACAGCAGCAGAACCCACAUCAGCAGCCCACAGCCCCCCCACAGCAGACGGCAGCCCCACCACAGGCCCCCCCACCACAGCAGAGCGGUGCCCAGACCAAUGGGACUUCAGGGGGAGCUGCGGCUGCCGCCGCCGGUGCUGGAGCAGGGCUGCAGCACAGCCAGGACUCCAGCCUGAACCAGGUGCCUCCAAACAAGAAGCCCCGCAUGGGGCCUUCGGGUGCAAGCUCGGGCGGGCCUGUUGUACCGACAGAUUAUCAGCACUCCAGUUCCCGCCUGAAUUACCAAAGCAGCGUUCAGGGGUCUUCCCAGUCCCAGAGCACACUAGGCUACGCCUCAUCUCAACAGAGUACACAGUACCACCCGUCUCACCAGACACACCGGUACUGACCGCAGCCUCUGCCCGGCCAGCACAGUGCAGCGCGGCCUCCAGCAGGGUGGUAUCUGUAUUGCGAAGAACCCCAGAAAGAAGACUGACUCUACACAAACUCACACACUUGAGAGGGAAGCUUUGCAUACUGAGUGUUUGGAAGGACUGACAUCUUCUUCGUCGACUUAAAGAAGAUCUUGUGAAGUGUCCCCAGCCCUCUUCCCCGCAUGAAUUCCUCGGUGACUCCCUGAUGAAGCCUCUGGUCUACCCCAGCACUCCUGUAACCCUCAGCAGCUUCUGAAGGAGUUUCUGGUGCACCUUUCUCAUGCUGUAGCAAUCAUUGUACUUUUAUCUUUUCUUAGGACUUCAGUGUUUUAGGAACAGGGUUCCAUGGUGUAUAGUUUUAUACUUCAUGAACUGAUUUAGCCACACAAGUCAUGCACCUUUUAAAGCACUACACAGUCUGCACAGACUAACUGCUUUGCUCUUGGAAGUCUUAAAAAGAAACUGUUACUGUCCCAAAGUACUUUAGUGUUACGUUUUUAUUUAUCUCUUUCAGGGAAGGUCUAGUAAAAGACACAUGUGGGACAGAGGGUACCCACAACCAGAAACAGUGUCGAUCUUUGCAGCUGCCAUGCUUGUGCGAUGAAGAACUGAAGUAGUUGGUGGUUUUUAUGUAAUUGUUCAUGUGGAACUUAGUUCCCAGAGUCAUCAUAUUCUGAAUACUAUUCAGUAAUUAAAAAUUAUAAUUUAAACCUUCAUGUAGCUAAGUCUACUUUAAAAGGGGUUUCAAGAGCUUUGAUGAAAUAUGGUCCUUUGGAGCUACCUGGAAAUCUGAAGAGACUGUACCUGCACUAUGACUUCACCAAGGCGUCAUGCUGAUCAAAGACAGCUGUUCCCUUCGGAGGAAAAGCUUCUCUGUAUAUCGUCGGGGGCACUGACUUCUCCAAAGGAGAUGUUGAGUCCUUAGUCUCCACAUCUGGGUCAGCAUGAGUGACUUCUUAUAUAAUCAAGGAUACUCAAAUCAAAGCUGUUAAUUCUUCUGCAGUGUUCUCCAUUUGUAUUUACAUUAGGCAUAGAGUGGCUAUUUUUAAAGCAUGUUAAAAUUUUAGGUUUUAUCCGUGUUCAGAGUAUGUAUUCUGUAUGCAUAAUUUUGCCGUUGUUACUGAGACUUAACGCUGUCAAGGGUCUUUUUAUCGCACUGAAUGCUUUUCUUUGGCCCCUAGGAAAAAACUUAAUAAUUGUGCCUAAAAACUAUGGGCAGGUAGUGUAAAGUAGUUGAGGUGAAUAUUUGCAUUUCCAUGAUCUACGAAUUAGAGGGGAGUUCUUUUUUAGCUACUUUUAAGGAAUCCCUCGCCCUCCAGAGUCAAGAGGAAAUGUAAAGGCGUAGAGCCCCCAUUGUAGUGCAGGGGGCAAGACCAUCUAUGUUCUGAUGCUACUAGCAGCACCAGCCUUGUUUUCAAUGUUUCUUGAGCUAGAGAAAAUAGCCAAUUGUUGUAUAUGCAAACUAUAUGCAUUUUAAAAAACUAUUCUUGUGAACUUAUCUACCUGGUUAUGAUACUCUGGGGUCCAUAUUCAAGUAAAAUAAGAUUUUUGAAGCCAGUAUACAUUUUGCACUAUUGAUGUGAUGCUGUAGCCAGCCAGGACCAUACUGAGUUGAGCAUAAUAAUGCUUAUAAGUAGUAAUAAAGAUUGUAUGGUGACAGCAUACCAAGCCUGAAGAGGAAAUCAAUGAAUGCUUCCCUGGGAGGAGUUUCUGACUGGCUCCAUGUAUUUUUGCCCCUUAUGUGUUUUAAAAUAAGAAUCAGCCUCCUGCAUAAUGUAGCUACCUAUGUAAAGUUCUGUCUUGUGUCCUGGAGCCUCUGUCCAGGGCCACUACUCCCUUACCACAGGCUCAAUGCUCUGCAGGGUAGAAAAACAAAGAACAAGACACAUUCCUUGUUACAGCCAAUUCAGUGACAAUAAGCUCAUGUGGGAUGUCUAUGCCACUUGUAAAUGUCAUGUGAUAUGAAGGUCCUUUUGUUUACUUCUGAACCCACUUGGACAACUAUGCUUCUGAAUUUAUAGUAAACAGUGUUAUGGGAAGCAGGUAUGAGGCUGACCACUAGAGGAGAAAGGCAGUGAGUAACUGUCACUAAAGGCAUCUAUGCAUAUUUGAAAUGCUCACAGCAGCCUUCAACAGCAAUUGGGUGGCCCUUGCGGACAGAGCACAAUCUACCAAGUGGUUGUAGGAAAUCACAGAAAAUAGAAGCUCUGUUCUUGCCUUUGAGUGAACUCACAUUUAAUAAAAGAUGUUAGCCCCAGUCUGUGCAUAAAACAAAAUACCAACAGUUCUUUGUAUGAAAACUGGAUACAUGAUUCUGGCAGUAUGCACUUACACAUUCACAGGACAUAGCCAGCCAGCUCCAUUCUGUACACGUCUGGGUACCACAUCACUGCACUGGUUCUGACCCGUUGCUUUUCUCUUCUUGCCUCAGGGUUGGCAAUGCAUACCUGUGCCCAGUACUCUUAGAAGUAACUUUUGCUCAUUAUUUCCUUUCUUUAUAAAGGAAGCAAAGCUUUUCAUAUACAGUAGGGCCAUAGUCCACAGGGUGGGACCUGUGAAACUUCUUAAGGGUAGAAUUUACCUUUGUGAGCCUCAAAUGUUGCAAUCCUCUGUGAACAUUUCUUAGAUACUGUUUUGUCCUCUAAGGACACGGAGGCAUCCUCAGACUUAUGGGAACCUCGGAGUCUAGGAUGGUGUUGAAGGAUUGAGUCGGAAGGUGUCUCUUCAUUUAUUUAGAGGUCACUUUUAGAGGUAACUUUUGCAUAGAGGUGUUUGGGGGGUCAGGAGAUUGGGACACACUAGCUUAAAAGUAAGGUAGCUUGAGCCUGGGCUGGUAAUACGAGGCUGAAGCAAACCAUGAAGUGAGAUGCAGAAAUCAAGGACAUGUUUAUUUUUGUAUCUGUGCUUUUGAGACUUUAGGACUUAGAAUUCUGACAGCCUGCACUAUUUCACUCUGACAUAACAUACCUUCCAGACAGGAAGGGAUGGCAUCCACAUGCAUGCAUGUUCACUGUCUCAGGCCUGGUGCAACAAGUUACUAGUUCUCUGUGCCUCUGAAAUGAUGCUCUUUUCACCUCUAAAAGGAAAAGGAAUUGGAGAGUAAGGUUUGCAGCUUGCUGUGCUUUUGAGUUGUUAAUAUGUAGCCGCAGCUGAGGAAGACUUGCACAGAAGCUGUGUCUCCCUGCUCCGUGGGAGAUGAGAAAGGCAGUCGUCGAUGGCCAUUGGGCUUGAAGGAGUCAGGUACAAGUCAUAAUUUUAUACAAAAUGUAGCAGUUUAGGUCCCCACAAUCAUCAAGAAUAGUUACAAAUAUCAUACCCACAGGUCAGUGUUCCAGGAGUUUGUAUUGUACCCAAGGAGGCACUACUCCUCUAAGCUGUUGCGGGUAAAGAGUGCUGCGUAUGUGUUAUACGGGAAAUUACCUAAUGCACUGUUAUCACCUAGUGAGUAAAUUAAGACUAUUUAAUUUUUUUAAAGCUUUGUCUGGGUAGACACUAAAAGCAUUAUACAAAGCCAGGACUGAGUGUCCUUUUUAAUAACAACUGAAAGUACUUUUUAUAUAUGUUAUACAGUAUGUCCUUUCUAAACUAGUUUGUAUUUCUGAUAAUCCUACUUGUGAAGUGUACCUGUCUCUUUUUCGGUCACUUUCUGCACGCACCCCCUCUGUAUGACCGUAGAUAUUGCCAUGGCUCUCCUUGCUCUGCUGUGAUGUGUAUACUCCAAGCCUGAGGCCCUCAGUAGUCCGUUCUGGGGAUGCAGGCUAUGUUGCCUCCUCUGGGGAUGCAGGAUGUGCCGUCUCCUCAGAACUGAGUACUUCCGCUCUUGAGUUACCCAGCCAUCCUUCUCAAAGUGACUGUUCCAGCUACGAUAAGUUACAUGUAUUUUAUAUUCUUGGUUGAAAUAAAAUUUAAUUGACUUUG